AAGCGCCAAUAUUUUCAAAAGCUGGCACUUUUCCUUGGUGGAUGCAGAUUGGGUGUGAGCCAUAGGUCAAUGGGCGGACCUAAUGACGUAGAGGAACGUACUGCAGUGCUGGCUUCCGGUCAAAUUAAGGAUAAUGGUUCUACAUAUUUCUACUCCCUCCUGCCGACUGUUUCAGAAAAGUUUGGCUGUGCGGCCAGUGCAGAAAUUAUGGAAUUUAAAUUUGCAUUUAAAGACACCUGGCCUUUGUGUCUUGUCUGGUCCUGGUUCUUUGUGUAAACCGGAAGAUCUGGAUUGUGUUUCAACUGAAAAGCCUCCUCACGUGCCUGUCAUGCUCAAAGAGGUGCUUCAAUACUUGGACAUUCACCCUGGCCAAAUGGUCCUCGACAUGACAUUUGGUGGUGGCGGUCAUACCAAAGCAAUUCUCAAAGCAGUUUCUGAUGCUACAGUCGUGGCCUUAGACCGGGAUCCCACAGCAAUUUCCCUGGCCCAGGAGUUAGCAAAGGAAAACCCUGGCCGUGUAAAACCAUUACUUGGACUGUUCAGCGAGCUUGAAGCCCUCCUCUCUAGCAUCAACGUUAAAGCCGGCAGUAUUGAUGCUGUCCUAUUGGAUGCUGGGUGUUCUUCCAUGCAGAUGGAUCAUGCAGAAAGAGGGUUCUCGCUCAGCAAGGAUGGGCCCUUGGACAUGAGAAUGGAUGGCGAGAGGUUAUCCGACAUGCCCUGUGCUGCUGACGCGGUGAAUACCUUAGAUCAACUGGCUCUUGCAUCCAUCCUUCGUGAAUAUGGUGAGGAGCGACACGCCAGGAAAAUAGCUUCAGCCAUUGUGGAGGCACGCCGUGUCAAUCCCAUCACACGGACACAGCAGCUUGCAAGUGUGGUAGCAGGAUCUUUUCCUGCAGCUGCUAUCUAUGCUCGAAAGGACAGACUCCACCGACCCGCGCAUGUGGCAACGAAAACCUUUCAGGCUCUCCGUAUCUUUGUGAAUGAUGAGUUGAACGAACUUCACGCUGGUCUGCGCGCUGCCCGGACAGCAUUGAAAUCUGGAGGACGUCUUUGCAUCAUCACGUUUCACUCACUAGAAGACCGACUGGUUAAGCGCUUCCUUCAAGAUGGUGAUUUGUCAAAUUUAGAGCAAUAUUACUUUGGCUUGGGGAGGCAAGCCGGAAAAAAGGAAAAGUCGGUUGACCCAAAAAAGGAUGCCACAAGUAUUUAUUGGCAUCAUUUGCAAAAAAAAGUGAUUACCCCAGAAAAGGUUGAUAUUAAAGAGAAUCCUCGAGCACGCUCUGCAAAACUUAGGGUAGCGCUCAGGUGUUAAUCUUUAUUUAACCUUUCCUCUUUUUUCAACCAGUUAAAUCUUCAAGUUUUACUGCCUAGAAUACAUCAGUUGUAAUUUUAUUUUGAUAUUGAUUUAUUUCUACAAUGAUCUGAUCAUCAAAGGAAAGACUGAAUGUUCAGUGCCCUGAAAAAGUCUUGCCUCCUUUUCAAUUUCUUAUAUUUGUGCAUGGUUUUCCCACUUUCUUUAAGAUCAUCAAUCAAAUGUAAAUAUCAGACAAAAUAUAAACCAAGUGACCUUAAAAUGUUGAUUUUAAAUAGUGAUUCAAUUGAUUAAGAAAAAUAUAUAUUAUUAGGACACAAUGUUACAGGGCCUUGUGUGAUAAGGAAUUGUUCCUAAUCCUAAUAACAAAUGAAAUAUAGUGAUUUCUCUUACCAGCACUGUCUUGCACAGCUCGGUGGGUAGAGUUUGGCCACUCUUCCUUGCAGAAUUGUUUGAAUUCAGCAAAAUUCCAUUCCUGUUCAAUACACAUUAACGAGAGCCUUGAUGUUCCUUUAACGAUCGCAGAAUGACAAUACCUAAAAAUAUGCAAUCAGGUCGAACACCUGGCCCGGACGAAAUCCCCAUUGAAUUAAUUUAACUUUUCUUGUCAAUACAAACGGCUCAACUUUUCAGAACAGUCAAGGAGAAAAACAAUAAAGGACAAAUUAGUCACAAUAUGAA